CGAGGAGAGGUUGGAUGGGAAAACAGUCAUCAUCACCGGAGCCAACACCGGGAUUGGCAAAGAAACAGCCAGGGACCUGGCGAGAAGAGGCGCACGCAUCGUCAUGGCGUGCAGGGACCUGGAGAGGGCGGAGGAGGCACGGACGGAGAUUCUGGAAGACACGGGAAAUGAGGACGUGGUCAUCAGGAAACUGGAUCUGUCUGACACCAAGUCCAUCAGAGCGUUUGCUGAACUCAUCAACAAGGAGGAGAAGCAAGUGAAUAUCCUGAUAAACAAUGCAGGCAUCAUGAUGUGUCCCUUCUCCAAGACCGCUGACGGGUUUGAAAUGCAGUUAGGGGUCAAUCAUUUGGGUCACUUCUUGUUGACUUACCUGCUGCUGGACCUCAUCCGACGUUCGGCCCCUGCCCGUAUCGUCGUCGUGGCGUCGGUGGCCCACACCUGGACCGGGCUUCGACUGGAUGACAUCAACAGCGAGAGGAGUUACGAUACCAUGAAGGCCUACGGACAGAGCAAGCUGGCUAACGUCCUCUUUGCACGCUCGCUUGCCAAACGGUUACAAGGUACAGGGGUGAGCGUGUUCUCUCUGCACCCAGGGGUGGUGCAGUCAGACCUGUGGAGGCACCAGCACCAGUGUAUCCAGGUAGCAGUGAAGAUCUUCAGGAUUUUCACCAAGACAACAGUGGAGGGGGCACAGACCACCAUCUACUGCGCUGUGGAGCCUCGCCUGGACAGCCAGAGUGGAGGGUACUUCAGCGACUGCGCUCCUGCAAGGUGCUCGAGGAUCGCUUCUGAUGACGACUUGGCCCAAAAGCUGUGGGAGGUCAGCUGCAACAUGCUUGGCCUCACCUGGCAGUGAAUAGCAGCAAUUUAGCUGCAGUGAAGGACGUAAAUUCAAGGAGGUAUUAAUGUUGCAGUUACUGUUGUGAAAAGUGUGUAUUCUGUGACACAAAUUACAGUACAGGGCAGUCCAAAAGAGUGGAUCACUACCAAGAGCUCCUUUAUUUUAUAAGAUAUCUAAACGAAUCCUAUGUUUCAGUCAGAUUGUAUUUAUCAAACAUGAAUGUGUGAUGUUUUAUCCUUAUGUCACUGGCAGUCAAAUUAUGUUCAAUGUGUUUUGUAGAUUGUUGAAGAAACUGAACUGGCAUUCGUCGUUUAGUCAAGUUUUUAUUUUUGUAUCUUGAAUGCAGAUGCUGUUCUACCUUCUUAGCUUCAUUUAGCUAGCAUGGUCUUGCUUUGGACGGAAAUGGUCUGGUUUGUGAAAUUCGCUCUCACAUGCUCCUUAAAAUCUCUGAGUUCAUACGCCUCCAGGGUGGCAGCGGGGUGGUUUUCAGCACUGGUGAGAACAUUUCGGCCCUAGACAGCCUCCAACGACACCUUUUUCAAAGUGACAUUUAAAUGAAAUACUGCACACCAGAGCACACAUAAAGCACUGUGGCUGACAGUUAAAGCACUUAGAUGACAGUUAAUAUGAAGUGGGUCCUGUCCUCCUUCUCUAGCACUUAAAGUAUGGGAAUUUAUUGAUCAGUAAAACAUCAGCUUUUUUAUUUCAUAGAACUCUUUCGCUGCACAGUCUUGUAUCAUGCAAUCUUCAGUUUCGGAUGCUUCCUGUCAGCUGAGGAACAAAAAAUGUAAUAUUCUCUGUGAUGUGUCUGUACUGAGGUAAUAUGGUCACUUCAAUACACUGAAAUCAUGAUUACAUUAUGAUUGUAUUGGUUACAUGUGUCAGCAUGUUGCAGCUUCAGCCUUUGAAAUUGGGAAAUGUUAAUGUGACAACAUGUGCAUAAUGUAAAAAUUAAACAUCUUGCAAAGUU